AGCCAGGAAUUAUUUUGAUUCCACCCAGGGCAAGUCUGAGGCCAGCACCUAGAGGGAAGAAGGUCUAGCCAGGAUUUUGCUCAGGCCUAAGUCUGCCUGCUGGGAUGGCCUGGGUCCUAACAAGUGCCUAGCUUUUCCUCCCUCCUGUCCCCAUGGAGGGAGACUGAGAAGACACUGGAUGAACUAGAACAUAACCUUCAGGAGAGGUCCCGUUUGCUGAGCCCAGGCCUAUGCUGCAGCGCUGUGCAUGAUACAUGUGUUUCUGGUGUGUUCCUUCCCAGAGCCCCCAAACCAGACUGCUCUGCAUGGAAACCUAGGCAGAAAAACAAGGCAGACUGGAGGGCAACCAACCCAUCAUUGUAUAGGUUGAUUGGCUUAUGUGCAAUUUGGGACCCUGGAGUUUUCCUGCCCUCUGCAGACUGGAACAGAGCUGCCUCUGGUGUUGCAGAGAGGAGGAGGCUGAAUGAGGCAGAGGAGCUGAGCUCUGUCCCUGAGGCCCAGUUAAUGCGGCUGGAAGCAGGAAGACCCCAAAGGCUGGGGAACGGGGAGCGGGGCCUGGCCCUGAGGAUGGCCAGGCAGCAGCCGCCGGCCUGGGUGCAUGCGGCCUUCCUCCUCUGCCUCCUCAGUCUUGGUGGAGCCAUCGAGAUUCCUAUGGAUCCAAGCAUUCAGAGUGAGCUGACCCAGCCACCAACCAUCACCAAGCAAUCCGUAAAGGACCACAUCGUAGAUCCCCGAGAUAACAUCCUGAUUGAAUGUGAAGCCAAGGGGAACCCUGCCCCCAGCUUCCACUGGACUAGAAACAGCAGGUUUUUCAACAUCGCCAAGGACCCCCGGGUGUCCAUGAGGAGGAGAUCUGGGACCCUGGUGAUUGACUUCCGCAGUGGUGGGCGACCGGAGGAAUAUGAGGGGGAAUACCAGUGCUUCGCCCGCAACAAAUUCGGCACGGCCCUGUCCAAUAGGAUUCGCCUGCAGGUGUCUAAAUCUCCCCUGUGGCCCAAGGAAAACUUAGACCCUGUCGUGGUCCAAGAAGGUGCCCCCUUGACACUCCAGUGCAACCCCCCGCCCGGACUUCCAUCCCCAGUCAUCUUCUGGAUGAGCAGCUCCAUGGAGCCCAUCACCCAAGACAAACGUGUCUCCCAGGGCCACAACGGAGACCUGUAUUUCUCUAAUGUGAUGCAGCAGGACACGCAGACCGACUACAGCUGCAACGCCCGCUUCCACUUCACCCACACCAUCCAGCAGAAGAAUCCCUUCACCCUCAAGGUCCUCACCAACCACCCCUAUAAUGACUCGUCCUUAAGAAACCACCCUGACAUGUACAGUGCCCGAGGUGUUGCAGAAAGAACACCCAGCUUCAUGUAUCCCCAGGGCACUUCUAGCAGUCAGAUGGUGCUUCGGGGCACGGACCUCCUGCUGGAAUGCAUCGCCUCUGGGGUCCCAACACCAGAUAUCGCAUGGUACAAGAAAGGUGGGGACCUCCCAUCUGACAAGGCCAAGUUUGAGAACUUUAAUAAGGCUCUUCGUAUCACCAACGUCUCCGAAGAAGACUCUGGGGAGUAUUUCUGCCUGGCCUCCAACAAGAUGGGCAGCAUCCGGCACACGAUCUCGGUGAGAGUAAAGGCUGCUCCCUACUGGCUGGACGAACCCAAGAACCUUAUCCUGGCUCCUGGUGAAGAUGGAAGACUAGUGUGUCGAGCCAAUGGGAACCCCAAACCCACUGUCCAGUGGAUGGUGAAUGGGGAACCUUUACAAUCGGCACCACCCAACCCAAACCGAGAGGUGGCUGGUGACACCAUCAUCUUCCGAGAUACCCAGAUCAGCAGCAGGGCCGUGUACCAGUGCAACACCUCCAAUGAGCAUGGCUACCUGCUGGCCAAUGCCUUCGUCAGCGUACUGGAUGUGCCCCCUCGGAUGAUGUCGCCCCGGAACCAGCUCAUUAGGGUGAUCCUUUACAACCGAACACGGCUGGACUGCCCGUUCUUUGGGUCUCCCAUCCCCACACUCCGAUGGUUUAAGAAUGGGCAAGGAAGCAACCUGGAUGGUGGCAACUACCACGUUUAUGAGAAUGGCAGCCUGGAGAUCAAGAUGAUCCGCAAAGAGGACCAAGGCAUCUACACCUGUGUCGCCACCAACAUUCUGGGCAAAGCUGAAAACCAAGUCCGCCUGGAGGUCAAAGACCCCACCAGGAUCUACCGGAUGCCUGAGGACCAGGUUGCCAAGCGGGGCACCACGGUGCAGCUGGAGUGUCGCGUGAAGCACGACCCAUCCCUGAAACUCACCGUCUCCUGGCUGAAGGACGAUGAGCCGCUCUACAUUGGAAGCAGGAUGAAGAAGGAAGAUGACUCUCUGACCAUCUUCGGUGUGGCAGAGCGGGACCAGGGCAGUUACACAUGCAUCGCCAGCACCGAGCUGGACCAGGACCUGGCCAAGGCCUACCUCACCGUGCUAGCUGAUCAGGUCACUCCAACUAACCGUUUGGCCGCCCUGCCCAAAGGACGGCCAGACAGGCCCCGGGACCUAGAGCUCACCGACCUGGCUGAAAGGAGUGUACGGCUGACCUGGAUCCCAGGGGAUGAUAACAACAGCCCCAUCACAGACUAUGUCGUCCAGUUUGAAGAGGACCAGUUCCAACCAGGUGUCUGGCAUGACCAUUCCAAGUUCCCAGGAAGUGUCAACUCAGCCGUCCUCCGGCUGUCACCAUAUGUCAACUACCAGUUCCGGGUCAUUGCUAUCAAUGAGGUUGGGAGUAGCCACCCCAGCCUCCCAUCUGAGCGCUACCGAACCAGUGGAGCACCCCCUGAGUCCAAUCCUAGUGACGUGAAGGGAGAGGGGACCAGAAAGAACAACAUGGAGAUCACAUGGACGCCCAUGAAUGCCACCUCUGCCUUUGGCCCCAACCUGCGCUACAUUGUCAAGUGGCGGCGGAGAGAGACUCGCGAAGCCUGGAACAAUGCCACAGUGUGGGGCUCUCGCUACCUGGUGGGGCAGACCCCUGUCUACGUGCCCUAUGAGAUCCGGGUCCAGGCCGAAAAUGACUUUGGGAAGGGCCCGGAGCCAGACACUGUCAUUGGUUACUCUGGAGAAGAUUAUCCCAGGGCUGCACCCACUGAAGUUAAAAUCCGAGUUAUGAACAGCACAGCCAUCAGUCUUCAGUGGAACCGCGUCUACCCCGACACGGUCCAGGGCCAGCUCAGAGAGUAUCGAGCCUACUACUGGAGGGAGAGCAGCUUGCUGAAGAACCUGUGGGUGUCUCAGAAGAGACAGCAAGCCAGCUUCUCUGGUGACCGCCUGCGUGGUGUGGUAUCCCGCCUCUUCCCCUAUAGUAACUACAAGCUGGAGAUGGUUGUGGUCAAUGGGAGAGGUGAUGGGCCUCGCAGUGAAACCAAGGAGUUCACCACCCCGGAAGGAGUACCCAGUGCCCCCAGGCGUUUCCGAGUCCGGCAGCCCAACCUGGAGACGAUCAACCUAGAAUGGGACCAUCCGGAACACCCCAAUGGGAUCCUGACUGCAUAUACUCUCAGAUACGUUCCCUUUAAUGGAACCAAAGUAGGAAAGCAGAUAGUGGAAAACUUCUCUCCCAAUCAGACCAAGUUCACAGUGCAGAGAGCAGAUCCCGUGUCACGCUACCGCUUCACCCUCAGCGCCAAAACACAGGUGGGCCCUGGGGAAGCAGUCACGGAGGAGUCACCAGCUCUCCCUAAUGAAGCGACUCCAACCGCAGCUCCGCCCACCUUGCCCCCGACUACCACGGGCACGACGGGCGCUGUGAGCAGCACUGAUGCUGCUGCCAUUGCUGCCACCACCGAAGCCACAACAGUCCCUAUCAUCCCAACUGUCGCACCUACCACCAUCGCUACCACCACCACCACCGUCGCCACAACUACUACAAGCACUGCCGCCACCACCACCGCCACCACCACCACCACCACGGAGAGUCCUCCCAUCACCACCUCUGGGACUAAGAUACACGAAUCCGCCCCCGACGAGCAGUCCAUAUGGAACGUCACGGUGCUCCCCAACAGUAAAUGGGCCAACAUCACCUGGAAGCACAAUUUCGGGCCCGGAACUGACUUUGUGGUUGAGUACACUGACAGCAACCAUACGAAAAAAACUGUCCCUGUUAAGGCCCAGGCUCAGCCUAUACAGCUGACAGACCUCUAUCCCGGGAUGACAUACACGUUGCGGGUUUAUUCCCGGGACAACGAGGGCAUCAGCAGUACCGUCAUCACCUUUAUGACCAGUCCAGCUUACACCAACAACCAAGCGGACAUUGCCACCCAGGGCUGGUUCAUUGGGCUCAUGUGUGCCAUCGCCCUCCUGGUGCUGAUCCUGCUCAUCGUCUGUUUCAUCAAGAGGAGUCGUGGCGGCAAGUACCCAGUGCGAGAAAAGAAGGAUGUUCCCCUUGGCCCUGAAGACCCUAAAGAAGAGGAUGGCUCUUUUGACUACAGUGAUGAGGACAACAAGCCCCUGCAGGGCAGCCAGACAUCCCUGGAUGGGACCAUCAAGCAGCAGGAGAGUGAUGACAGCCUGGUGGACUAUGGCGAGGGUGGUGAGGGGCAGUUCAACGAAGACGGCUCCUUCAUCGGCCAGUAUACAGUCAAAAAGGACAAGGAGGAAACAGAGGGCAAUGAAAGCUCGGAGGCCACGUCACCUGUCAAUGCCAUCUACUCUCUGGCCUGACAGAGCCCACCCGGGCACAGCCACUACUUUGCUAGUGGGAGGAGGGGAGAGGGGGACGCGAAGCUGCUGCAGACCCACUGCAAAGCCACCACCACCUUCAGGGACAAGGGUUCAGUAUGGGGGUCUGCCAAGCUGUGAGGCCCGGUGACACCCAGAUACCCACAAGGCCCCUCCUAAUGUCUCCCCUACAACUCCAGGUGCCACCGGUGUGGGAGAGCUAGAGCCACAGCUGCGCUCAGCUGGAGGGAGCCCAGAUCCCCCACCCCGGCCCACCCUUGGCCUCAGCACACACGCUCACCCGUUUGUGUUGGAAAUGGUAUUUUUCAUUGUCUGUAUUUUGUUUUGUGUAUCUUCCCUUCCAAACCGAUGUCUGCAUUUUCUUUUCCUUUUGAAGACUUGUCCUUGGAAAAGAAAAAAUAGGUGGACUCUCCCCCUAUUGUGGAACCCACAAAGAUAGGUAAAAGAAUUGAUCCAUCACAGAACGCGGAGACAAGCUGUAGUAUUCAAGCCACCACCGGGCGAAUGUGUUUCCGAAGGAUGCCUUUCUCGCCAUACACCUCCUCUGGUCCCCAUCCCUCUGCCUUGGCCUUGUCGAUUGCUGAGCUAGGCUUGGCUCCUUUCUGGAAAAUGACAGUAUUUUUGGCAGGGAGAGGGUGUGCAGGCCUCCUGGCCUCUCUGGUUCAGUUGGGAGGUUAGUUUACCUCUUGUUCCUCAUUCCUGUCCUGCCCCUUCCUCUGGAGCACCCAGGACCUGAGCUGCUCUGACGCUGAAGAGGUUCGAGGAACACGAGUGGGUACUCGUGGAAAGGACGUCCACGCUCAUGUCUGUGUACCUCAAGCAGAAGAAGUCAGACGUCUGACCCCACAGGAACUGUGCUCACCUCUUGAGAGAAGAUAAAAGGCUGGGUUUGGACUUCCAUCCUCUCCAUCAGUGAAACCCAGAAUGUAGGAGAGAGGACCACACCCAGUGUGGGCAGAGGAGAGGGCCAGUGCCCACCUGGCCAGGGCCUACGCUGCUACCCUCAAGGAGGUGGAGCCUGUGAUUCAAACACUUUGCUGGUAUGUUUGGGGGUGUCAAGUGCUAUGCCCCCUUUCUCCUCUAGCAGCUUCAUCUUCUUGGUCAAUUCUGUAUGAGGUUGAGACUCAUGUUUGAUAUGGUGUGUGGAUGGGGAUUUGCUGCCCCGAAACUCAGCUGGUCGGUCCUUUCAUUAGGUACAUACAUAUCAGGGGACCCUGAGGUGGCUCCAUACUAACAGUGCUGUGAUGCCCCCACCUGGGGAGGACUCAAUGCUCUUCGUAUGCCUUAUGCAGCUCUGAUCUGUCCCUGGAGUUCCCAGGUUCCCAGCCCCUCCCUGCAAGCCUUGACACCUCCAGCAAUGUCUGUCUCAAGGAAAACAGGGCAGCCUAUGCAAGUGUCCCAGCAGAACCAGAAGCAGCCACUUCACAGAUGCCCUCAUCCCAUUGCCCCAAAUGGAGACACUCACAGACCUGCAGUUCUCAGCCCGAAGGUGCUGCCUUCACCCUCCCCACCUAAUCCAUUUUUGAAACCAAAGGUACCUAGCCUCAGAGACAGAGAGAGAGGGAGACCUUGAGCCUAAGAGUGACCCUAAAGCUGUCUCUGUAGCUCAAGUCAGUUUCAGGAGGGUGAAGCUGACCCCCAGGAAUGGAUCAGAUGCCAUGGACACAGCUAGCUCUGAUUUGAGCCUCUAGCUGCUGGCCAGGGGCCUGGACAGGACUGGGGCUGCGUCCUUCAGUGACUUUAUUAAAGCAUCAUUUGCCACAUGUUGAAGCCGCAAAGGUAUUAGCAAAGCUUGCAUCACUCAAUAAUCAUUCAAUUGAAGAUCAAGCCCACAGACACACAUACACUCUGCAGGUGAGAAACCAUAGCCCAGAGCUGAGCCAAUAAGGUGGCUUGAACCUGGGUCAUUGGGCCAAGCCCCAGCCAGGGCUGAUGCCUGGAUGCCUGAGGGCAGCUCUCUUGUGGUGAAAAGGGACAGGGUAAAUGGCAGGGCUCUGGAGAGGGAGCUCAGGGGCCCCCUCCUCUGGCUUUCCUCCAAUACCUGCUUGGAUAUAGCUGGGAAUUCCUGCAACCUAGGCCCACUGUCCCUGAAGGGACUGUCGGGGGAGUGUGCCUGUGAGCUGAAUAUAAAAACUGGCCUUUCCAGAAAACACUUUGGAUCCGAGCAGAGCCGUCAGUUUCUCAGGCACUCAUUCCGUACUGCACUGUACGUGCCACUGAGUCCAUUCCAACAGGCUGUUUGGGCAGGAAGGGACAGUUAGAUGUCAUCGUGGCUCUCUCCCUGCCUCUGGAAAAUCUGCCACAGGAACUGAUGACUGACAAGGGUUUCUGCUGUCUUAAGAGUCUGGGGAGAGCUGAGUCCUCGGCCUGUCUUUUUGCACUUUGUCCCAAUGUCUCGCCAGGCUCUGUGCCAUCCUCCUUUGUGUAUGAAGAGAACGCUUGCUCCUCUCUCAGGCUUCUGCACUGUGGGUGCUGAGAGCUGCCCCCACCACCAUACGAUCAAGUCUGGGGCUGAAGAACCAAGUUUUCCCCAAGCAAAGAUGGCACGUCCUCAGAGAGAUCAAACUCUUGAGGGGUAAGGAUUAUGGGAUUAAAGAGGCAGUCCCUUCCAGGAAGAGGAGAGUCCAUUUUCCAUGGACCCCAUGCCAGAGUCCACCUAGCUCAGCAGGAAAGCAGUAUUGCCCAGCCCUCCCUGCCAGCUGGGUCUCUCAAGCAACCACCCUCGAAACAUACCAACAAUGAUGCCAGGAGUGGGCGAUACCAGCGAUGCUUCAGCCUAUCCGGCUGGAAGGGAAGCGGCAUAAGUCAUCUUGCAGUGAGUGAUUUUAGAAGGUCCAUUGACUGGACUGCAAUCCUACCUGUGUGCUCAGCCAUAGAGCUGUGGCUUCCUGCACUCUCGGUUUUUUCAUUCAUCCAUCAUCACAUUCAGCAAUUAUUAUUUGAACACCUAGUCUGAAUAAGGCCUGAGUCUUGGAAACCACAGUGAGUGAAUCAGAUGUGGUUCCUGCUUUUAUGGGGCCAACAGUCCGGCAACCCAGCAAGUGUUGGGACACAACCUCCAUUGAAUUGGGACAUUCUGCUCUCUAUUGGUUAAGUCGCUAAUGGCUGUCCGCUCAAAGGGAAAGGAUUCCAUGGGAGAGUUUGAUCUGUCUGGUCAGCAAGGAGGGGCAGAAUAGAGCAGUCAAGAACUGCGGGAUGGGGUUGAGGAACAGUCCUGCUUCCUGACCCUCUUUGCUGUGCCCCUUGGAGCAAGCUGCUUAACCUGUCUGUAUUUUUAUGCCUCUAUCUCCCCUGUCCAGUCCCUCCUUUGAAUACCUCUCUCCACCGAGGAGCAUGGACCCCCCCCAAGGGAAUGGGGAGGCCAGAAUUUGGGAAGUACACUGAUGCAGGGCCAGGGGACAGCGCCUCGCCUUCUGCCUUGCCUGGGUUAUGGCUAAUGAGACCCAUCUCUCCCUGCCUUGCUUUUGAGAAGAUGGUUGAAUUUAAGCUAAAGGGAAGGCCAGAACAGUUCCCUCCCUUGCCCAUCUCCUUUUCCCUGAGAGGUUGGAGACAUCUGGUCCACACCCUUCCUGUCAAGUCCCUGGGUCUGGAGAAGUGACCACACAUCCAAAAGUCAGCCAGUGCCAACAAUACUUACCCUGCAAGGUAUAUGUGCACCCAGGGCCCGUUGCAUGCACAGUUUCUCUGACCGCAGUUAGCCUUAGGAAGAGGGUGAAAACAGAUCUGAGGAUGUUUCUGGGUUUUCCAGCUAAAGGACAAGCUCCCCUGUCACACCCAAUGCCCAGGCACCCAAGCAUACAGCAGGCUGCAGCCCUAUUGUAGAGCCGUACUUCCCAGGUGUCUCAGCCCUGAUUAUGAUGUUGUCUUAGACAGAAUUAGUCCACAUCCAGGCCUCUGUGAGAUGAGAUGUAAAGGGCUACAUGUGGGUGCACAACUGUUUGGGGGGAGAGGCCACCCAGGUCGGGUCCUAUUUCAGUGAUUCUUGUAGGCAGAGCCUAGAGAGAGGAGUCCAACCAAAGAGACAAGGACACUUCUCCUUGGAACAGCACAGCCACUGGCUCUUUCAGGAUCCUCCUGGAGCCCUGUGCCAAAGCAAGGACGAGUCUUAGGACAACACAAACAGCCUAUCUGUUGGAAAGAGCAGGGAUUUAGCACAUGUUUGUCUCAGCUUUGUGAGAUGGCCUUGCUAACCCUCUGAAGUAAGAUUCUCAGACUUGCUGCCAACUGGGGCUGGUGUCUGAGAACAGCCUCUCAGUCGGAGGGUGGCGGAUCCUGGGAUGCUGGCACAGGACACCACUCCCCACUCACGACACUCACUACACCUGGUAUAGAGUAGACUCCUGCCGAGCCCUUGCCAAACACACACAAGCCCAUGGCUGUGGUUAGGUCCACCCAGUUAGCAAAGGCUCUUGCUUGAACUUUGUGUGGUAGCUGAGGAGUAGCAUGUAGGAGAUCCCUGAUUUUUAAAAGAAAAAUAGAACUCAAACCAAUAAAGCAGAGAGCUUGAAAUGUCAGGAGGAUACUCAAACCCUGGGAUACACAGGCAGAGACCACCACCUGGGCAGCCCCUCCCUUCACUUAGCAGGGCCACCCCAUUGGAAUUCAAACCAGACAUUAUGGCGGUCCUUAUCCUGCACAGCCCAAGCCCAGAGAAAUGCCGUUUCUCUUCCUCUCCUACUAAGCACAGGCCUCCCUGAGACACAUUUAGAGAAGGAUUGGGGUGGGGGGAGCCAUGUGGAAAAGCCACAAAACCUUACCCAUGUCUCAAGCCACACCUGAAACCAAUGUUACCUUUAUCAGUAUAUUGGUAUUAAAUGAUGUUCCAUAAUGAUAAAGAUGGAAAUGAAAUAGGUACAAAGGCUUCUAGCUCAGGACAGAAUCAAAUUUCAACAUGUGAAGGGAUCACAGAGCUGAUAUAAUUGAAAUGAUUAUAUUAUACAGAUAAGGAUGCAAAAAUCCAGGCAGAUUAAGGGACUUGCAUACAGCUGGCAAAUUAAGUUGAAGUUAGGGCUAAAUUAAGGUGAAGUUAAGAUCACACAGCUGGUAAAUUAAAGUGACACUAGGGCUUGAACUUGGGCCUUCUGACUCCUUGUCCAGUGUUCUUUCAUUCUCACCACAGCUGCCUCCUUUGAAACAGAGGUAUUACUUAAGAUCUGUCCUGCUGGUUCACCCUCCCAUUCCUCUUCACCACCUCUCCCAGAAGAAAAGACUAAAAAUGAUUGAGUCCAAGAUCAUUCUGUCUGACAGGCUGUGGUUAACCCCCCAGCUAUGCACUUACGGAAAAACCCAGGCCAGCAGAAUAGGGUGACAAGCUGAGUGGCAUUUGUUAUUGCGAACCCUAGGCCGUACCCACUGGAAUGGUGUCUUGUUUUGUACAUGUAACACAUCGGGCCUUCAGCAUGUUGUAUUCCUUGGAAGUGAGGAUGUGCAGGGGGUCUCUGUCCAUUCUGCCCUUGGCUGUGGGUGCGGAGAGGCAGCAGGGCCCUUGCAAGCCUGCCACCCUGGAGUUUACUGGGAUGGAGUUCAGCAGAUCUAAAGACUUCGAUGAAGCAAUAAACACAAGAGUCUGGUGGAAAAUAUCCAGAAUUUUGUGUACUACUCUUAUUUCUUUUUCAAAAAUAAUGCAGAUCAGAUGCCACUGACCUGCUUUUUUUUCCGAUUCCCAACUACAAUGUCCUCAGUCAGUGUCGCCCCCCGGCCAAGCUCCCCACCUCUUUGCCAACUUCUUUAUACUCCUCUUGAGCUGAGCAUCAGUCACCUAUGAUGUGGCCACCUUCUGUCUUGGUCCCUCCCUCAGCCCACACUAGACCCCAGAGGACCCCUUGCCCUGUCCCCCACAACACACACAUUAUCCCCACCAUUCUGAUUUGUUCUCUUCAUUGGGGAAAAAUUUCCCCAGUGUCUCCAUCCCUUCCCACAUCCCCACAUCCCCACGAAUUGGUCCGAUCUUUUUUCCAUUGGUUAAACAUCUAACUCCAUGGCAGACCUUGUUUUAACCUCUCUCACAUCGUGUUCUUUCCUUUUUUGCGAGUUAUUUUGCAUUAACCAACUUUGUCAGUGACGGAUGCGUAUCUGAGGGUGUCACACACGACCUUCAGCAGGGAAGACUUCUGGGCCGUGGAGGACCGUCUAAUACGUGGACUUAUAAACUGACUGCAUGAGCAAUGAAAAGGCCAAAUUAUUCAGAAUUUUUUUUGGAAUCACUGUAAAAAAACUGAUUUCUUUUGUAUAGAGAACACUAAACGUAUAAUAAAAGUUGUUCAAAAUGGA